AUGGCGAAAAAUUGCUGGUUUACAAACCUUUCUUGUUGGGCUCUGCGUGUCACCAAACCCCGGCAGGAGAGCAGCUCCCGAGGCUGGAAGCAAUUAGAGGAAUUCUGCAUCUGGAUCGAAUAUUGGGAGAGGAAACUUAGUAGCUGCAAACGUGUCAAGUUUACAAACUCGCUCGGGGGUGAAUUUUUCCGCGGGUUGUGGAGCGGGAUCCCCUCCGUUCUUCCAUCCCCUGAGCCCGCAGCGAUUCCUGCCGCUGGCACCGAGAGCUCCGGCUCCAUCCCGGUGAGCUCCGCCAUCGCAGCGCCACAAACCGCGCUCCUGCCGGCCGAGGGAGGGAGCCGAGGGCCCGGCUCGGCCCCGGCCCUGCCCUCCGUCCGUCCGUCCCUUCCCUCGGUUCCGUGGCUGCUCUCCCUCCCUGCCCUCCCUCGGCUCCAUCCCCUCCUCAGCUCCGCCCGUUCCGCCCCCGCUCCCGCCAUUGCCGUUCGAGGGCCGCGGCCGUUACCGAGCGGGGCGGAGAGAGCGGCUCCAUCACCGAGCAGAGGAGCUCGGAGCGGCUCCAUCGCCGGCGGAGCUCCUCGGGAGCGGCUCCAUGGCCGAGCAGAGGAGCUCGGAGCGGCUCCAUCGCCGGCGGAGCUCCCCGGGAGCGGCUCCAUCACCGAGCAGAGGAGCUCGGAGCGGCUCCAUCGCAGAGCGGAGCCCGGAGCGGCUCCAUCGCCGGCGGAGCUCCCCAAGAGGAGCCCGGAGCGGCUCCAUCACGGGCGGAGCUCCUCGGGAGGAGCCCGGAGCGGCUCCAUUGCCGGCGGAGCUCCCCGGGAGGAGCUCGGAGCGGCUCCAUUGCCGGCGGAGCUCCCCGGGAGGCCCAGGCGGGUGCUGAGGGUCCCCGCAGCCUGAGGGGCCCGGCCCGGGGAAAGCCGCCCUCCCGGCACAGCGCGGGGGUCGGGGCCGCUUUUCUCGUGUUUCAGCUCGUUGCUGUCGCUGUGACUCGCAGGUCUCGGGUGUGGAUGGAGCCCUUUCCCAGCCCCUCGAUCCCCGUGUCCGGGAGCUGCCGGGACAGCUCGAGCUGUGCUCCCCGCUCUGGCUGCGCUGCCCGGGGCUGUGCGGUGAAGGACAGGUAACUGCUCGCGGCCAGAAGCUUUGAGUUGGUCUUGGCGCUGGAAUCGAAAGAUAGAGGGGGAUAUAGAAUCAUAAAAUACCCUGCGGGUAUUGGGAGGGACCCACAAGGAUCCGAGCUCCUGGCCCUGGUUUCUGCUGCUGUCUUGAAGUUUGGUGUUAAAAUUCCCAGCAAAGGUUCCUAUUGUAAACGUCUUGGUUGAAGUGAUGCUUGUACUGGUCUUGAAACAUCUCUGAGAUGGAGGCAGAGUGUGAAAGUUGAGUGAAAAUUGCUGUGGAUUCCUUACAAGCCAAGGCUGGCGCUGAAUUCUUUCUGAUUAAAGAGCAGAGAACCCCCCGGCUGUGCCUUGCUUUGUGCUCUGCAGUGGCACAGCCCUGGAAGGGAGCAGAUGUUUCCUGUGCUGCCCAGGAGCAGCAGGAGCCUGGCAGCUCUCCUUCCUGGGGGGCUUUGCCCUUGGAAUGGGCUGUCACAGCCAUUACCCAAUGCCAAAUUCACCUUUUCAGUCCCUCCCAGUAGAACAGGGUGGGAUUGUGCUAUAAAGCAGUUAUUUAUCUGCCUACACUGAUGGCUGCUGUAUUCCACAGCCAUGUAUGCUUUAUCUGCACAGCUGUAGCAGGUAAAGCCAGCAUUUCCCGGCUUCCUGCUGCUUUUUUUCCCCUGGAAAACUGUUUUGUUCUCUGCUGAACUCUGUGGUGUCUUCUCUGUCCUUCCCGUUGUGUUCCCAGUGUGUUUUGAGUCUGUUCAAUCCAGCCUGCAGGUGGAAAUCGAUCAGUAAAUGAACAUUUCCUCCGUGCUGCAACAGAAUUUCAGGAUUUCCACCUUUUAUAUUGUCUGGAACAAAGUAAGACAACAGCGGGGGCCCACAGCAAACCUGAGCAUUCCAAAUGUUGUUUGGACACGAAGGAGUAACCACCAAAGAGCCCCAGUGCUGUUCCCUGGAGCAGGGUGUCCCUCUCAGCCCUGGCCCCUGCCCUGAGCUGAGCCAAAGCCUCUGCUCCCGCUGCUGACUCCCAAAUUCGGGCUGGGAGCUGCUGGGAAUGUUCUGGGGGAUGGAAUGGCAGUGUCAUCUCCCCGGGCUGGCUUAUGAACCCCUGGGGCAGGGCAGCUCCUGUGCUGGGGAACAUUCCUCCUGCAGCUCUGAGAGCAUUCCUGACACAGCCAAGAGACAUUUUGGAAAGGUUUUCCUUUGCUUUUCUGCUAGCAAACAACUCCUUGGCAGUCAGAUUUGUUUUCUCUCACCCUUUCCACAGCUCAGGUAAGUUGGAUUUGUGUUCUUCAGGAAGGAAAUUUCCCUCCUGUGCCAGUGUGGGAGCCCUGGGUGCUGAUCCUGAGCUUUUCCUCUCUUUCUUUCCUCUCCUUCAAAGCUGGAACUCCUGCUGCCAUAAAUAAAACAUCACAGUUGA